GUAUAUAUAUAUUUAAGGUUGUAGGUCAAACUGCAAUGGGCAAGAAACACAAGAAACAGAAAUCAGAGUGGAGGCAUGCUGAAGAUGGGACAGGGUCCGAGAAUAAAGCUCCGUUAAAGUUGGUUCUUAAACUUGGAUCAGAGGUUAUGUAUGAUUCAGAUUACACAGCACAUUCACCAGCUGAUGUUUAUGAGACAAAGCAUAAGAAGAGGAAGAAGAAGAAGAGGAGUCAUGAAGAACAUCGGGAACAUGGAGAGUCUUCGUCAAAAAUAAGCAAAAAGUAUGAUGCAAGUGAAUCGGAGUUGGACAUGACUGUUGAUCAUGUAUCACCUGAUGCUCAAAAACUUGAUUAUGGUGCAAUAGAGAAAACACUGAAGGAAUUAUCAAAAACAAAGCGAGCGGCGUUGAACAAGUUGCUUGAUCAUCUUAUAAAACAACUUGAGCGUAAAGACACUCAUGAAAUAUUUGCAUGGCCUGUCAAUGAUUUGAUAGCACCAGAGUAUUCAACAGUAAUUGAUAAACCAAUGGAUUUCAGCACAAUGAGAAAUAAGAUAUUAAACAACGAGUAUGUUGAUGUCAAUGGCUUCAAAGAAGAUUUUGAAUUGAUGACCAGAAACUGUUGUGUCUAUAAUAAGCCUGAUACAAUUUAUUACCAAAUUGCAAAGAAAGUACAUGCGGCUGGGAUAAGAAUAAUGAGCAGGGAGAGAUUACUAAACCUCAAUAGGACUUUAGGAUUUUUGCAUGAGUUGCCCAAGUAUGAUGCGUAUGACAUCCUUGGUUUACCACUGGAGGUUGAGAAUGUGGAUGUGGGUUCUCCAGAUGUUCCUCCUUUAAGCGAUCCUCCUCUGGCUCCGGAGAAACCAAUGUCGGAUGUGGAGUUCGAUUCUGUUGCUGAAACAACAUCCACUGGUGAGGAGCUGGAUCUUAGACCUCAUUCGGAAGCAAUUAGUUUUACAGAUGCAGAUAAUGAAGACACAGUAGCUCCUGAUGUAAUACAGGCUGCCAAGUUUGCAAGGCGCAGAUUGGAAGCAAAGAAACCAAAUGAUCGUAUUGGGUUUUUAAGGCUGGAUAAAGAUGGAAAAACCACGCUAAACAUUCUGAACCCUGUAGCCGGGGAGGAGGUGACUCGAGAGGUAGAUUUGGGAAGUUUAACUUCAAGAUUAACAAAUGGAAUCGAUGUGAUGCCAGCAGCAAAGGAGGACAAAAGAAAUAAAGUCACUCCUCUGACUUAUCUCAGCUACGGUCCAUUUGGUUCGUUUGCACCAACUUAUGACUCAAGAAUCGCUAAUUUAACGCAAGAAGAGAGUGAUCUGCUCAUGUCAGCAUAUGGUGGCGAGACAGGUUACUUGUUCGCACAGAGCAUGCAAGAGUUUGUGAGUGGUUGCGACAGUUCUUUGAUGAAUAUGGUUGAUGGAUUGUUGGACAGUGUCACUAAUGGUGAACACACCAAGACCAUAAAGAACAUUGAAGAAAAAAGAGGAGAGGGCAAAGCAGAAGAUAAAUCCUCAAGUUUGGACAGUUUGCGAUCUCUUGCUGAUAUUGGAAUUGAUGUUUCGUUUAUCGAUGAUAUAGAACAACGCAUGAAGCUUGAUAAAGAAAUGUCAUCUAUUAAGAAGCCUGCAACAGAUGAUGUGGACCAAAAUCUUGAACAUGGAAGCACGUUGAUCCACAAACUUGAGGAAGCACAAUAUGAAAGACUUGGUAAAAAAACAAACAACGAACCAAACCUCCAACCCCCAACAUCUAAGGAAGUGGCCAUCGCUGACGAGCUACAAAAAACUUUAGUUACCAUGGCAACGAAUGUAGCUCCUGGAUCCAUUGUUAGUGUGGCUGGUGUACGCAACGCAAUGGGGAUAAACUUACAAUGAUUUCUGCCUUUAAUGAGCUAGUAGUGUUGUCAACAACAUUAUUCAUGAUAUAUAUAUAUAAAAAAAAAUCUGUACAAUGUGCAUCACUUUUAUUGCUAUAAUAUACGUUAUUCUGUUUGUGUCAUGAAUAAUAUUAUGUAUUAACACCUACUGGGCUCACUGGUUGAUUCUCAAUUGGUUAAUGCUGACAACAUGUGGAAUAGUAGAAUAGUAACUCCAUAUAGUGGAAUAGUAACUCCAUAAAAAGAGAAUUAGACUGAUUUUUCCAGUUAUUUGAUGCUGGUUUAUUUUAUGAUUAUGAGUUGUUGAUUUUGUAUAUAUUACUGCCUUUAUUUCAGUAACAUUUUUCUACUUGUUAUUUAG